AUGGUCAGUGCUCGGAAAAGCGUACGGGAAGCCGAGAAGAUCGAUCGACAAAGCGCUGCAAUAUUUCAAGAAGAAACCAAAAAGAACCGCUUCCGGUUGACUUCGAUUCACCACCAUCACUCUCCUCCAAAUACCGAAAUGUUCGCUCGUACCGCCAUCCCCGCUUUCCGUGCCGCCUCUGUGCGUGCCUUCUCGACCCAGGCUGCCAGCACUGGCACCGCCUCUGCUCGUCGCUACAUGGGUGCUGCCGCCCUCGCCGCCGGAGGUGCUCUCACCUACUCGGCCUUCGCUGCGCCUUCCGUCCACCUCGAGGGCCCAACCACCAUCGCCGGUGAGCUCGGUACGUCGACCGAAAAGUCGUACGUCAUGAUCAAGCCCGACGGUGUCUCCCGUCAGAUCGUCGGCGACAUCAUCAGCCGCUUUGAACGCCGUGGAUACAAGCUCGUGGCGCUCAAGACGCUGAUCCCGUCCGAGGAGCUCGCCAAGGAGCACUACAUCGACCUCGCCAAGAAGCCCUUCUACGGCGGUCUGGUCAAGUACAUCACCAGCGGCACUCCCGUCGUCGCCAUGGUGUGGCAGGGCAAGGACGUCAUCCGCCAGGGUCGUCGCCUCGUGGGUGCCACCAACCCGCUCGACGCCGCACCCGGUUCCAUCCGCGGCGACUUCUGCGUCUCGGUCGGACGCAACAUCAUCCACGCUUCCGACUCGCACGAGUCGGCCACCAAGGAGAUUGGUCUCUGGUUCCACGAGAAGGAGCUGGCGACGGAGUACAAGCCCAUCGCUUGGGACAUGAUCAUGGCCGACAACUAA